GCAACUCUUAAGGCCUGCAACUCUAAAUGUUAUUGAUUUUUCUUAUUUGACACCAACUCAAGCGACAUAACCAAUUUAAUCUCGUUUUCAAACUUAACACGAUAAAAUUAGAGUUAAAAUCAUAUUGACGCGUUUGAAAUUCUUCCAUAGAUAACAGCUAAUGCACAUUAUUAUCUUUUGUACCGCUCUUGGAUAAAAUUUCGACAAUCGAAUGCACUGAGAAGGGUAACAACACUCGGUGUAUACGUUCGUUCAAUGAUUUGAAUAAGCCAAAUUACGGCCAAUUGAGCACGACGCAGAGCUCAUUUCGAUCUUUUAUUUGUAGUCAAAUGAAAAAUUGUUGAUUCAGAAUAUUAGACGUCAAGGCCUACGUGAUUUAGAAAGCGCUUUCGAAGGGUAUCAGUGCUCUAGUGUAGAGGAAUUACUUGACUCAAGAUGAGAGGUGUACAAAGAGUUUACCUAAACAGAUCUGUCUUCAAGAACUAUGGUUCAUGCAGAUUCUUCUCUGGAAUCUCAGGAGAACCAAAUGGUCCUUCGCUCAAAACCUCCAUUCCGGGACCUAGAUCCAAGCAAUUGCUGAACGAACUCAACGAGAUUCAGCAAACUGGUUCAGUUCAACUUUUCGCCGAUUACAACAAAUCCCUUGGCAAUUAUCUGGUGGACGUUGAUGGAAAUGUUCUUCUCGACUCUUUUACUCAAAUAUCUUCCGUUCCCAUUGGUUACAACCAUCCAGAACUGCUCAAAGUGUUCGAAGAUCCAAACAAUAUGAAAGCUCUAGUUAACAGACCAGCACUAGGUGUGUUCCCUGGAGAAUAUUGGCCUUCCAAGCUCAAGGAAGUCCUGUUGUCAGCAUCACCAGGUCUGCCACAAGUAACCACCAUGAUGUGUGGGUCCUGUUCAAACGAAAAUGCCUACAAGAAUAUCUUUAUGAGGUACCAAAAGAAGUUGAGAGGUGGAGACAUUAGGUUCACCCAAGAAGAAGAGGCUUCUUGCAUGAUGAACUUAGAGCCCGGUUCUCCAAAACUGUCUCUAUUGUGUUUCCACGGGGCUUUCCAUGGAAGAACUUUUGGGGCUCUAUCCACCACGCAUUCCAAGGCCAUUCACAAGAUUGAUAUACCAGCCUUCGACUGGCCAGUUGCACAUUUUCCCAAGUACAAGUAUCCUUUAGAACAGAAUGUGAGAGAAAACCAAGCUGAAGAUGCCAAAUGUCUGGCAGAAGUGGAAGAACUUAUUGAAAAAUACAAGAACAAAGGUAUUCCAGUGGCAGGUAUAGUAGUUGAGCCGAUUCAAUCUGAAGGUGGGGACAAUGAAGCCUCUCCGGAAUUCUUCCAAGGGCUACAAGACAUUUCGAAGAAGAACGAUAUUGCCCUUUUAAUAGAUGAGGUUCAAACAGGUUGCGGUGCUACUGGAAAGAUGUGGUGCCACGAACAUUUCAAUUUAAAGUCCCCACCUGAUGUUGUAACCUUCAGUAAGAAGAUGCUUAUCGGUGGCUACUUCCACACCGCAGAAAUGAGACCCGAUCAGCCAUACAGGGUGUUCAAUACUUGGAUGGGUGAUCCAGGAAAAAUAUUCUUGCUAGAAGCGGUUCUCAAAGUUAUCAGACAGAACGAUUUGUUGAAAAAUGUGGAGAAAACAGGGUUGAAGUUGAAAAACGGACUGCACAAAUUGGAGGAAGAAUUCCCCAAUCUGAUCAACUCUGUGAGAGGAAGAGGUACAUUCUUGGCUUUCAACGCAACUUCUUCGAAAUUGAGGGAUGAUAUCUUAGGCAACUUGAAAAAGAGAGGCAUUCAAGGUGGAGGCUGUGGUAAUGAAUCAGUUCGCCUAAGACCAGCUCUAAUAUUCCAAGAAAAACAUGCUGACAUUUAUCUGGAUAGCUUGAGAGAAGUUUUGAAAGAAUUAAAAUAAGAUAAAGUAGUAAUAAUCGUCUAAUAGUACAAUUUUCCAUGUCAACCAAGUCUUCCAUUGAAGUGUAUUCAUAUUUACGAGAGAACUUUCGUAUAUGUAUUCUUUAUGAAAAUUUACCCUUCUUUCAUUUGCUAUGCAAAUAGAAAAUUUUAUUCGUAUAUAGAUAUGUAUUUUGGAAUUUAUUGAUUUAUGAAAAAUAUACAUUUAAGAACUAAA